UUUGGGGUAUUUCUCCCUAAGAGCACACAACAAGGAGAUAAGAGACCUGAGGAUACUACCUUUUGGAGAGCCGGCUUUCUUUGUAAACGAUAAAUCGAAACUCAAAACAGCUGAAAAGGUCGGUAUCAACAAGUCAAAGCUCCGAGGCGUCCCCGGGCCUGGGCAGAAGGCCGGCGCGGCAANAGACAAAAAUGAAGGACCGGUGGCAACUGGCAGUGUCGACAUUAGCGCCUCGAGUAGAAACCUUGGUGGAGAGCGGCCGCCGCAAUUGAAGCAUGGCAGUCCACUGCAAAGUGAGACCUCGUUACAAGACUUCGGUCGGGGAGCGUCGGAUAGCGGGUCGCCCGGGUCUCCAGUGGACGCAAGACGGUGGACAAUGCCUCCAAGGCAUUUUGAGCAAGAGCGAUGGGGAUCCAAGGAGGAAAUGGAAUCAAUCAAAGAGUCGCUGCGGCGGGUAUCAAGGGAAAGUCCAGCCCACGGCCGGCGUCUCCCAUCCCCGCAGAGAGGCGAACGGGAGAGAGGCAGAAGAUUUAGCACGGGUAAUGCGAGAAAGGUUGUCACCGACCACUUGAAGGCGGGACAUGUGCACCAUGAUAACGUCUAUUCCACUGGACUGAUGGAGGCCGUGAAGGGACGGAUGCGUCUUGCCAAGGGAGAGACUCAGUCUGACGUAGAUCUCACGGCAGCACAACUUGUGGAUCCACAUCGAACACUGGCAGCGGCAGAGCUCUUUAACAUGAUAACACGCCAAUUUAAGCUCCCUGCUCUUACGGACGCUGCGAAGGACUACGCAAUGCAACGUCUCACACGGCACGUAGAUGUCGCAGUUGGUCAUAUUAUCAUAAACCAGGGAAGCCCGGAUAUAAGUAAGCUCUACAUUAUGACUGCUGGUAAGAUGCUCGAGUGGGAGCUAACGCUAGCUGCAAGCGCGGUCGCAUUCUUCAUUAAUGGUGAUCACAAGCGGACACUCAAGGCACCUGUGCUCUUUGGCGAGCUCUCUGUCAUUUAUGGCACCGAGCGCACAGCCGAGGCUCGGGUCGUCGCCGGGCCAAAGGAUGCAGGUGAGCCCGUGCUCUGGACGCUCGAUAAAACAGCGUGGGAAGAAUUCAUGGCAAUGGACAUCCGACACCGCGCAUCCUUGGCCGACAUAAACACGAGAAAGGUGGAACCUUACCAACGUAUUUUGCCAAUCGAAAAAGUCCAGUGCACAAUUCGACUUGACACUCUUGAAGCAAUAUGUCGCCUGGGGGAAGGAGGAUUUUCAACUGUGACCCUCACUAAAGAUGCAUCAACCGGGUUUGAAUCUGAGUCCAACCUUAUGUUUGUCGGUUGUGCCCUUGUGGCUGGGAGAGCGAGGUCCUUCUUCGCGAUGAAGACUAUGGAUAAGUCGUCGGUUGUGAAAAAUGCACUUGCUCGCAAGGUUGUGACGGAGAAACAUCUUCUAGAACGUGUCGCCCAGUCACCUUUCUGUCUGCGCCUUCAUGCGACAUAUAUGGACGAGAAUUUCAUUUACAUUCUGACGGAAGUUGCCGAAUGUGGCGACUUAAUGGAACACAUGAUCAAUCUCAACAUCAUCCCAUACAUCAAUGCACGGUACUACACGGCGUGUCUCUGCUUGGGUAUUGCUCAUUGUCACCAGGCCAAAUUUGUCCACCGCGAUGUCAAACCUGAGAAUUGUCUGGUUUUUGCUAACGGUCGUGUCAAGCUUGGUGAUUUUGGUCUAUCCAAGGAGCUACCUUACAGUGUUGACCUCGGCGAUGGCACGCGCAGUGUUUGCACGUUGGCAUUUACCAUGUGUGGCACGCCUGAGUUCCUUGCCCCCGAAUUCAUCUUCUCGCGGGGCUAUGAUCAACGUGUGGACUGGUGGGCUUUUGGUUGUGUGCUAUAUGAGAUGCUGUUUGCAGCCUCACCAUUCGUGACCAACGACCUAAAGACAACAUUCACAAGGAUCUGCGAUGCCGCCAGUGGAAAGCUGCCCUCAAAUAUGAAGGACGAUCUCAGUCAGACGGAUGAGUCUGCUGCCAGCUUCCUUCGGGGGCUCAUCUGCAACAAGGAAACUCGCCUCGCGGGUUCGGGGAACCUCGGCGAGAUCACUGAGCACCAGUACUUUGACAACUUUCGAUGGGAUCAGUUUCGUGCAGAGACCAUGAAGCCACCACCCGUCCCACCGAAUAAGGUCCUGGAAGCUAAGCCUGAUUUUGCGGGCUUCUUCCAGAAUGAGAUAUCUCCUUUUGAAGGUUUUGUCUGCUCAUCGCAACCGAGUAGGAGCACAAUCACACGUGCUGAAUUCGACUACGAGGCUGUGCGCGAGUAUACCCUUUGA